UGUACAAGUACAGUCUAGUAUAUUCAGCCAUGAUGUGUCUACCUCUGACAAUAAUUUAUCUAAUACAAAUGAUAUAAUUUACUCUAAAGUUUCACUAGAUAAAUCAGCAGAGAUAACACGACCAAAGACGAGUCAAAGACUCGAAGCUCAGCUUUCUCAAAAUUCUAAUUCCUCAC